UCAACCGACGUCGCUUGGAAAUGACUCAGACUCAUCCUGCCAUUGUCCAAACCAAACCACCGGUGGUAUGUGCAUCGCUGGUGAAUUCUGCCCCAGAGGCUCUGCAGCCCCUACACCCUGCACCCCAGGCUCCUACUGCCGCUAUGAUGAGCUCGCUGAUGUUAGCGGUAACUGUCAAGCUGGGUAUUACUGCACAGGGAGUACCAUCUUACCCAAUCCUGAGAAUGAUACGACUGGUGAUAUCUGCCCCAAGGGCCAUUAUUGUGAAGAGGGCAGUAGUAGUCCGGAGCCUUGCCCUCCUGGUUCUUACUCUAACCGUUUCUCCAACUACAACCUGACUGACUGCCUGCCAUGUACCGCCGGGAUGUAUUGCAGCGGCUGGGGACGAGUCUUACCCAAUGAUGAUUGCGACGAAGGCUGGUUCUGUUGGGAGAACUCUACGGUACCUCAGCCUCCUGGAGCGGAGUGUCUAGCUGGACAUCAGUGCCCUAGAGGAAGCCCUGACCAGACGGCGUGUCUGUCUGGGACCUAUCAGCCCUCUACUGGGCAGGGUGAAUGCUUGAUGUGUCCAGCAGGUUCUUACUGUGAUCAAGAUGAGGCUAUAGCUGAGGAUCAGAGCGGUGUCGGAGCACCCUCGCAUGGCGUGGUUACUCCCAAGGAAUGCCCAGCAGGUUACUACUGCCCUGAAGGCACCCAGACAGCUCAGGAGAAUCCAUGCCACAGUGGUUACUACUGCCCUGAAGGCACCCAGACAGCUCAGGAGAAUCCAUGCCCAGUGGGUACCUUCAGUAAUAUCACUAGCCUGGAGAAUGUUACCCAAUGUAGACUUUGCACCGAAGGUUAUUAUUGUGAAGCAACCAACCAGAUCGCCCCAACAGCCCAAUGUGCAGCAGGGUUCUACUGCGUCUUAGGAGCCAUUACCAGCACCCCAGACCCUGCUGAUGCAACGGGUGGUCCAUGCCCACCAGGUACCUACUGUGAGUCGGGCUACGCUUGGUAUGAGUUCUGUCCUAAGGGAACGUUUGGACCAGUGGAAAAGUUAACAAAGAUUGGGGAUUGUACGGACUGUUUGCUUGGAGAGUACUGCUCCGAGGUUGGUUUGACGGAACCGAAUGGAGGAUGUGCACCAGGCUAUUUCUGCACGGGAGCAGCUGAGAAGCCUAAUCCGAUCGGUGAAGCCUACGGUGAUGUAUGUCCAGUUGGUCACUACUGUCCAUCUAAUACCUCAGACCCAUACCCAUGCCUGGCUGGAAGCUACCAACCUGAGCAGAUGAUGACUAAUGAUAGUGCAUGCUUACCAUGUGAAGCUGGGAUGUACUGUAAUGCAACAGGAGCAGAGAAUAUGGCAGGUGAAUGUGAUCCUGGUUACUACUGUGUGGGCGGAGCUUCAUCCUCCGCACCGGUAGACGGUAUCACUGGUGACAUCUGUCCCCCAGGCUCAUUCUGUAUUGGCGGAUCAUCGUAUCAUGAGUUCUGUGCCAACGGAACGUACGUCAAUUUCUCCAUGGCAGACGCUUGUGAAGACUGCCCUAUAGGGCACUACUGUAUCCAUCGUGACCGCGCUGACCCCUGCCCACCAGGCUAUUUCUGCCCCCAUAAAACCGGGGCCGAUCUGCGUCUAUGUCCUACCGGGACAUACAACCCUGACUACGGGAUCUACCAACAGGACCAAUGCACACAGUGUGAUCCUGGCAAGUUCUGUCGCUACCCUGGGAUGGACAACUACACUGGCAACUGUGCGGCUGGUUACUACUGUCAGAUAGGCGUGAAUACUGAUAAGCCAUCCGGUAACCACACCGGCCUUGGUGGUAUAUGUCCCAUCGGAUCUUUCUGUCCAGAGGGUACGUCCGUCCCUCUAGGUUGUCCAGCGGGUUACUACGCUAACGUAGAGCAGCAAUCUGAAUGUACUGAAUGUAAAGAAGGUUUCUACUGCACAGAGAAUGCUACAGAGUAUGAGAAUAGUAUCUGCCCAUCAGGUUACUACUGUCCAGCAGGGACACGAUGGGCAUAUGAGUUCCCAUGUCCCAAGGGGAGUUAUAACCCAGUCAAUAACAGCAAUGGACCAGAAGAUUGUCUAGCAUGCCCUCAAGGGCAGUACUGUCAAUUUGAUGGUAUGGAUACAACAAGUGGUCCAUGCAGUGAGGGCUGGUAUUGUACCGGUGGAUCAUACAUGAAAGAGCCGCUACCAACAGCAAAUGCUACAGAGCUUUCUGAGUGUACAUGCCCCUCAGCAAAUUACACAGGUAAAGAUUAA